GUAUAAUCUACCACUUCGAGAGAUUUAUUUGGAUCACAACGAGAUCACCAAGUUAAGUCCUGAUGUGUUCAAACAUCUUCGGAAUUUAGAAAAAUUGGUAUUAAGCGACAAUAAAAUCACUUUGGUGCCGCAUGGGUUACCUUCAAGUCUGAGCCACUUGGACCUAUCGAACAAUCUUUGUUAUCAAACGACGUCUUCAAUGGACAUCAUCCUUCCGGAGAAGCUAUCGUACUUAAAUUUAUGCGGGAAUUAUUUGCGAAAUUCGAAAGUUUUCAGGAGAGUAUCGUUUGCGAACAUCAAAACUUUGUGCAUUGGGGACGAAGGCCCACAGCUGCCGAUUGAAUUAUCGCGUGAUUUAUCCGCCUUGAUGCGCUUACAGAAUCUUACGCUAUCCGCUAAACGGAAUGAUGAUAAUACUGAUCUCACCGAUCGGACGGCUCAAGAUCUUAAAAAACUGAGAUCUCUAGUCGAGUUGAAUUUAGAUCACUACAAAUUGAAGGAUAUUGAUUUCAUCCGGCCCCUUAACAAGCUGGAAGUACUUCGACUGCACAAUAUUGCGCUAUCGAAAAAAAUUGAACCAGCAGUUUCUCUGAGAGCGACGCUGCAGGACAAGAAAUAUAUCAAAAUCCUAAGCUUAGAUGGCAGUCCAGAUUUAGUUGAACUAAUACGACCGUUUUUUGUGUGUUUCCCAAACUUGCGGACUAUCAGUCUGCAGAGAACGGGCCUGAGCACAUUACGCGCGGACGACUUCGCCUUGAAUGUGGCGUACACCUUACGCUUGGACAUCAGUUACAACCCUUUGGCCUGCGACGCGGACCUGGACUGGAUUUGCAGCGAAACGAACAUCAGUGGCUCCAACUUCACCCUCCUGGGGGCCGAGAACACCUACUGCACCAAGCCAUAUCUGAUCCGACUCUCCGAGUUCCAGGCAAAGAAUGCUCAGGUCGUAAAUCGGGCGACUCCUCGGCCCGGUUUCAAAGACAAGUACCUCACGGACGUCAAUAUCGUCACGGCCUCUGACAUCAUCUUCGUGUGUUUGACCCUAGUGCCUGUCGCCAUGUUUAUCUUACACCUCAUCGCUUCUCAUCGCAAUCGACAACGCUCUAUGUCCACUGUUUAUCUGAGACAAACUAGUGGUGAUAGGUACUUGAAUUGAACAAAUGGCUGUGAUAAUCAAAAUUCGAGCGCGAAACCAGGAACAUUUUGAGGGGGGACUAGAAGGGCACCUUAUCAAGGAGGGUCUGAGGGGAGGUCAUUAGAGAGGAGACAAGAGACCCUCCACUGGCCCCUUGGCGACAGGUGGAGGCUUUUACUUUCGGGGAUUCAACAAUGCCUUAUGGACAAUUAUGAGGGAGCAACAGUCAUCGCUCUUUUUUCGGCCUAUGACCUACCAACAUGGUGGAUGAUGAGCUUCGGGUGACGUCAUGAGCCAAACAAGAUUUCCAGACUUCGGCUUGGUUGCAAAAUGAAACUGCCAACACGUUGCUAAACAUCAACCAUAUGGGUAAGUCAACGGUUUAAUGUUGAUGUGCCGAAAGUAAAGGCUUCCACCACAGUCGAGACACGAGUGGAGGGUUUCUCAGGAUCCCUCACAGUUUCGCCCAUCGGGAUCGCAUCCGUCCUGAACCACGGAUGUCCCUUCAGAACACUCUCUUAAGAGUUUCUACCAAAAAAUAUAUGAAAAAAAAACUUGUAUCUUCGGAUUUGGGCUCUCAGUGCAAAUGAAGGUUAUCACGGAUGAGGUAGUUAAUGAUUGAAAGUAUGUGACUCCCUGAAAGACGUGGUUUAAGUCACCACACUACGUGGAAGCUUACGACACACGUCAACGAUUGGCUAGAUAGCAGAUGGGAAAAAUGAGUAAAAUGGUUUUAUUUUUCAUGGGGUUUGCACUGUGACAAGCUUUCCCUAACAUGACAAAUCAUUUUGUCUUCUUUAUGAUGUUAGCCACCUCAUUCCUCUAUGAAAUCCCUAAUUAUCCCGAUAUGAGGAAUCCGAAAGCCGGUUGAGAUAAAUUUACGCAAAAUACUUAAUCUUGAUAUCUACUUUAGAGGGAAAAUAUAAACUGUUUUAUUUGCACUUCAAUGGCUGAGCAAGAAUACCGCCUAUCUACAAACUCAUCACGCUCAACUCGCUCAACGCUCAUUGGCGCCUACAAACCUAACAAGGAUACUUCACGCAUUGCGCAAUGCGUGAAGUAUUCCUGUUAGGUUUGU